AUGGCAUCGCCACCAUCAGGCGUCGGGCUCCCGAAAAAACGGCCCUCGAUCAGCGGCCCGCUGCCCACGAACCCCAGCAAGCGGCGCAAGCCAUCAACGGGCCCAUCGGGGCUGCGGCAGACGUCGUUCCCGCCCGAGUCGAGCGAGCAGCAGCGCGACUACUCGCGCUCGCCCAGCGUCGACAGCAGCUUCACCACCAACACGAACCAGGGCAAGCGGCGGCGCGGCGGCGGCGGCGGCAAGGGCCGCUUCGACGACGACGUGCGCAGCACCACGGGCACGAGCGUGCGCGGCGGCAAGGCGGGCACGGCGGCUGGUAGCGAGGCCCCGGGCGACAAGGGCGACGAUGAGCCCGAGGAGGAGGAGGGCGGCGAGUCGCUUGACGCGGUUAUGGAGGCCCAGGGCGAGGCCGACAAGACCCAGGAUAAGGAACAUAUGGCUUGGGGUGUGUAUAAAAGCAUGUUGACGGGGCGGUUUUCUCGAGACCAGGGCGAGCGGUACGAGCGGUACCGCGCGGUGAAGCUGAAGAAGGAGACGGUGCGCAAGAUCACGAACCAAACGCUCUCGCAAUCGGUCCCGCAAUCCGUCGUCACGACGAUAAACUCGUACACGAAAGUCUUCAUCGGCGCGCUGAUCGAGCGCGCCCGCACCGUGCAGCAAGAAUGGCAAGCCGUCGCCGAACACGCCCCAGUAGACGACCCACGACUACCAGCCAACCAAGCGCCGCCACCGCCGCCGCAGCAGCAACCGCAGCAGCAACAGCAGCCAACGACGCCGCACCCGCAGUACGGCCACCACAACCCCUACGCCCAGCCCUACCAGCACCCCUCGACGCUGCACCCGCCCUACGCGCAAACGCCCUACUCCAACAUCCGCAUCUCGUACGCGGCGGCGCCGCCGCCGCCGUCGGCGAGCCCGAGCCCCAUCGCCGCGUCUACGCCUACCGGAAACAGCAAUACCAACAUCAACGGCGCCAGCAGCACAUCGCAAGACACGACGACCUCGACGGUGCCCCUCUCCUCCCCAUCCUCACAACCCCAAUCCCAGUCCCAGUCCCAAUCCCAACCCCCCACCACAAACACAAACACAACCACCACAAACGACCCCGCCACCCUCCCCCCCACAAGCACAGCCCUCCCACUCUCAACCUCGCUGCCCGACCGCCUCGCCGAGCGCGACCGCGGCCCCCUGACGCCAGACCACUUGCGCGAGGCGCUGCGGCGGUACAAGAAGGACCGCGAGGGCGGGGGCAUGGGGUUUUUGGGGCUGAGUCUUGAGGGGCGGGAACGCACGGCUGGGCGGAUGGGGGGGAGGCGGCUUUUUAGGUAG